AAAAAGGAGAUGCAACUCCGGAGGAUGUCUUUUUACCGCAAGGACGUUUGUUGCUGUCUCGCUGCUGCCACAGACUUCCUCUUUUCUAACUCUCCUCACCUCAUCCUGCCACCAUGCCUCCCAAGUUGGACCCCUCCCAAAUCGUCGAGGUCUAUGUGCGCGUCACAGGAGGAGAAGUGGGUGCCGCCUCGUCGCUUGCGCCGAAGAUCGGACCCCUCGGGUUGUCUCCAAAGAAGGUCGGAGAAGAUAUCGCCAAGGAAACGGCGAGGGACUGGAAGGGUUUGAGAGUGACAGUGAAGCUUACGGUGCAGAACCGACAGGCUAAGGUAGCUGUUGUGCCGAGCGCUGCCGCUCUGGUGAUCAAGGCUCUGAAGGAGCCCGAGCGCGACAGGAAGAAGGUGAAGAACAUCAAGCACAACGGCAACAUCUCUCUGGAUGAUGUGAUCGAGAUCGCGAAGAUCAUGGCACCGAGGUCGAUGGCGAAGGAGUUGGCAGGCACGGUGAAGGAAAUUUUGGGAACAUGUGUGUCAGUAGGGUGCAGUGUGGACGGCAAAGACCCGAAGGACCUGCAAGCAGAGAUUGAUGAUGGUGAGGUAGAGAUUGCGUCGGCUUAGGGUGGAGAAGGUGUACAAUCGGAACGGUUGCAAAUACAAGCAUGCGUUGCACACGAGAAGGUGUGGAUUGGUGGUGA